UUGGCGCAGACGCGCUAAUCCCAUCUGUGCCGCUAGCGCGGGGUUUCAGAGUAGGGCAUCUCAUAAUCAGGUCACAUUCCGCCGAGGCGCCUCCAUCCAUCUCUCCCGAAGUCGGGAGAUCCGAGAGGGAAGGAGACAAAUCCUUGCUUUGCAAGAGGGGGAGAGGAAAAAAGACCAGGCUCGGAGAUGAGAGCCCCGGGCUGCUGUCUGGUGCCACUGCUGCUGUUGGCUCUCGCCUUGGCGGAAGGGGACAGCAAAGGGGGUAAAGACGGAGACCAUCCAGGCAAUUUUAUGGAGGACGAGCAAUGGCUGUCUUCCAUUUCUCAGUACAGCGGCAAGAUCAAACACUGGAACCGCUUCCGAGACGAGGUGGAGGAUGACUAUAUCAAGAGCUGGGAAGAUAAUCAGCCAGUUGAUGAAGCUUUGGACACGACCAAGGACCCCUGCCAGAAAGUGAAGUGUAGCCGGCACAAAGUGUGCAUUGCCCAGGGCUACCAGAGGGCUAUGUGUAUUAGCCGCAAAAAGUUAGAGCACAGAAUCAAGCAGCCUGCCCUGAAACACCAUGGAAACAAAGAAAGCUUUUGCAAACCAUGUCACAUGACCCAGCUCGCAUCUGUCUGUGGCUCGGAUGGACACACUUACAGCUCUGUGUGUAAACUGGAGCAGCAAGCCUGCCUCACCAGCAAGCAGCUGGCAGUGAAGUGUGAGGGCCAGUGCCCCUGCCCAACUGAUAUUGGCCCCACCUCCACCACAGAUGUCAAACAAGAGACGUGUACUGGGCAGGACUUAGCAGACUUGGGGGACCGUUUGCGGGACUGGUUCCAGCUCCUACAUGAGAACUCCAAGCAGAACAGUUCUGGGAACCCAGGGGCCAAUCCAGUGACUGUGCUUGACAAGAGCCUGGUGGCCAGUUGCAAGGAUUCCAUUGGCUGGAUGUUUUCAAAGCUGGACACAAAUAAUGACCUUUUCCUGGACCAGACAGAGCUUGCAGCUAUCAACCUAGACAAGUAUGAGAUUUGCAUCCGGCCCUUCUUCAACUCCUGUGACACCUAUAAGGACGGCCACGUCUCCACCGCCGAAUGGUGCUUCUGCUUCUGGAGAGAAAAGCCCCCCUGUCUCAUGGAGCUGGAAAGGAUCCAGAUCCAAGAAGCAUCAAAAAAGAAACCUGGUGUUUUCAUUCCAAGCUGUGAUGAGGAUGGAUACUACAGGAAGAUGCAGUGUGACCAGAGCAGUGGGGAGUGCUGGUGUGUUGACCAGUUUGGCAUGGAGCUGACAGGAACACGGAUACAUGGAAACCCAGACUGUGAUGAUGUAGUUGGGUUCUCGGGGGAUUUUGGGAGCGGCGUUGGAUGGGAGGAUGAGGAAGAGAAAGAGACUGAGGAAGCUGGAGAAGAGGCUGAAGAAGAGGAAGGAGAGGCAGACGAUGGAGGCUACAUAUGGUAGAAGCAAAGAAGAGCACAGUUUGGCCGGGAAGCUGGCAGCAAGGCGUGACAGCAGACUCAAAGGAGAUAAACAGCUUAAUGAGAUGAUCAGGAAACACAGUUGAAUGUAACUUACUAUAGUAGAAAAAGUGUGUGUGCGCAUGUACGUGUGUGUGGAUACUUGGAGUGCUAUUUACAACGCCCCUGGGACACCCUGCAUUCUCCCAACAUAGCAGAAAGCACCACUGUAGCAAAGCAAAAGUAAAAACCAGUCUGUAAUGUUUGUUCAGGUGAGAUCUUUUGUUCCACUUUUAGAUCUGCAGCACAGAUCCCCAGUGUGCACAUGCUCACACAUGCCUGUACCCACAUGCAUUUUCACAGCUAUGUUAACCACUGAGUAAAAACCCGCCAGUAAUUAAUACCUUGCCAUAUAAAUCUGGCUGCUGAAACUGCACGCUGCAGACACCUUGGAAUAUCACAGGAGAGUUCCCCAGUCUGCAUUGUAGCACAUAUACUGCCAGGGUUUGAAUGACAAACUGUACUAGUGUGCAGACCUUCAUUUGCCUAAAGUUAAGAUGAAGAAUUGUAUUGCCACAGUUCCGAUGCAGGGCUGUACUCAGUGUGGGUGUGAUGGAAUUGUCCUGUGCCUGUUUAAGAUGCCUGUUUCUUGGGGGAAAAUUAACCUAGAAAGGUAUUGCAUCUUGCUGUUGAAAAGCAAUGCUCUUGUGGGACAUCAGUGACUCUUUCGGUCCCUGUGAGUGUUAAUGCUUUGUGCCAAACUGAUUGGUCAUAAAUGAAUUCUGCAUCAUCUUCUAGUGACACAGAAAAAGGGAUUAGGUACUUAGACUUGCAGACCGUUUUAAUCGUGGAAGCAAAGUUUUGAUCAAUGAAUUUAAUAACCUUUUUGACCUUGCAUGAUGAAAAAAACUGAAUUGUCAGAUUUGUUAAAAUAAGAGCCCAAGAAAACCUGUCCUGUACCCACUUCCUUCCCUCCAUCCCCUUUUAUCCAAUUUCCGGCAGUCAGAGAUUUAGGGAUACUCAGCGCAUGGGGUUGCAUCCCUGAUCAUCUUGGUUAACAGUCAUCAGUGGUUUCUGGAGAAAGCAUAGCCUUGCAGCUGGUACAUGUGGGGCAAACCUUGAACUAACAGGAUCAACUAGGCACAUGCUGUUCUAUGAAAACUGGAAAGCCUGGCUGGAAUUAAUUGAGAUCGGUAGUGCCCAAAAGCCGUCACUAUAUGAUACUCAUGAAUGGGGCCAGGUGAAAUAUUUUGGUGUGACAGCCCAUCUAUUAGGGAGGAGGGUUCAGUGAUUACAGGUGAUCACAUAGACCGUAGCUUUGUCUUGUCCAAAGCAUUUAUUGAGGAAUUUUGUGUAAGAUGUGUUGUGGGCUUCAAAAAACUCUUACAUUAUUUUAUCCUGCAAAGCUGGGAGCUGCUUAGCCCAUGAGAACUGUCCAUAUAGCUUAUUGAAACCAUUGUAAUUCCAGUCUCAAUUUCCAUGAUCAGUCCCAGGAAGCCUCCGUAUAGCAGGAGACCAGAUGAGGGAAUAGUGGCAACAUUGCUCUGGUUCACUUCUUUCCCUGUUCAUGGAAUAUGCUGCCACUUCACCCUGACAGAGAAGGGGAAACAAACUCUGAAAGGUCAGUUUCUUUUUAAGUUGAAGAGAGCACUUUCCUUCCCCUCUAAAAGACCAGUCAUGUACUGAACGCAAAUAAUGAUGGUACCAGUGUGUUUUGUUUUUAUUCUCUCUGGAAGACACCUUUAGUUUCUUUCUAAUCUGUUUGUGUGUCAGUCAGAGGGUAUUUUUGGUCACUUCUGAAUGGUCUGUUAGUCACUGGAUGACUGAAAAGCUCUGAUGUGCUGGAGAAGUCAAUACUUUAGAUUUUACUAUUGAACAACAAGCUCCCCAAGAACCCAUAUUUAAAGGUAGGAGUACAGGUUAGUGGGGCAUAGGAAGUGAUUUGAUGCGGAGCAUCGGGAGGCAUUGCAACUGAAGAUGAAGAAAGACCUGAAAAUGACAUUACUUCCAUGAAAGAAAAGCCAGCUCCCCGUGCCUGGUCCAGUCACCCAUUAUCUUCAGCACAGCUGCCAGGGUCUCAGAAUGGGUGGCUGCUCUUGGCUUAAGAAGAUUGGCUUUUUUUUUUUUUGGAUGGAGACAGAGCGAGCACACACAGAGGCACAGUACCCGUGCACAUCCUAUUCCCAGGAAGUCAAUGGAAGUUAGGAGAGUGUCUUAACUGAAAGCUGGAUCGGACCAAAGCCAUGUUAAUUUCAGUUUGGUGGAAUGGUCCCCUCAGCACUCACAUGCCAAUAUUGUAUGUGUGGCCCUGUGGGCAUCUGGGUGUGUGCCUUGAAGUCCGUGCAUGUGUGUGCAGUGUAAAUGUGUGUCCCAGUGCAGAGAGAGAGAGAGAGGGUGGGGCUGUGUGGCACAACAGCGGGAGCCAGCUUGGCUUACACUGAGCACUCAUGUGACAUUAAGCCUAAUAGGCUGCACUGGAAGCUCAAUGUGCUACUGCAUAGUCUUUAAAAAAAUUAAAAAGCUAAAAUCCCAAUAAGCCCAAAUAACAUGCUUGCAGUGAUUCACUGUUAUGUAGCCAGCUGUGACAAUAAAUGCACCUUGCUGUGUGGAACACUUUA